AUGCCCCAACGAUCUCCGAUUCUUCGCUGUUCGUCCGGAGGAAGUGACGACGAUCGUCUACCGAAUCUUCCUGACGAGAUCAUUGCACACAUCGUCUCCAUGGUGUCUCCGACUGAGACUGUAGCUUUACGUUGGAUAGGUGUAAAUUCCGGUUUCGACGAAGUCGUCGAGGAGCACCUCAAACGGUCGACAACGUUAAACGUUUGCGAGGACUUUAUUUGGCGAAAACUCUGUGGUUGUCUUACGGAGGUCAAUCUUCAUGUGAAGAUCUCCGAUUCAGAAUCGGUUACCUGUUGCGGGUUUCGUUCUCUGGUCCGCUAUUUGUUAGAAGUGACAAAUUCCCAGACGAUUUGGAAUCUAACGUUGGAGGACUGUACAACUAGUGGGCAAGGUUACCAAGGUCUCGCGGACCUGACUCGUAAUCGUAACAAGUCAUUCAUAUGCUAUGUUCGGACGCUUUUGGAUCUCAAUACGACGAUCAAUAGGCUCACUCUUCUGGACAGACGAAAGAUCUCACCUUAUAUGAUGAUAACGUCUCCUCAUAAGCGGCGAUCGAUAUAUAUGUAUCCGGAAUUCAAGUGCUGUCGUGAACUAUUUGUUUGCUACGAUAUUGGUUUGAUUGCACCUCAAUUCGCCCAUCAUAAUGACAGUUUUACUUCUUUGCGGAUAUUUGAGGUGGACGAGUCUCAUGUUUUCUACAAGAAGGACUUAUUAGAGUAUCUCAGUAAUGCGCCAAACCUUUGUGAAUUGCGGGUUGUGGUGCCGGCUACCUGGUGUCGUCGCGUGAGCAGGUGUACAAAAGGGUGUUUCAAAACUCCUGACUUUGCGUGCUUUAGAUUACCGGCGAACACUCACACUUUCCUAUAA